CAUUAACGUUACCUUAGCUACGUGCGCCUCUCCUGACCGGGUAUAAAUAUCAGGUGCAUGAGAACUCAGUGCAGGAGUGUGUUUGAUGUUGCCAAUAUGAGCGGACGAGUAGGAGACCUCAGUCCCAAACAAACUGAUGCUUUAGCACAGUUUCGGGAGAAAUUAGCAGAUGUGUUGGAUCAACUGCCCAAUCAAACUGACCAUUACUUGCUCCGAUGGCUCAGAGCUAGAAGCUUCAAUGUCCCAAAAUCUGAGGCAAUGAUUAGAAAGCAUGUGGAGUUUCGCAAGCAUAUGAAAUUAGAUACCAUCGUUGAAGACUGGAAGCCCCCUGAGGUCAUUGAGCGCUAUGUGGCAGGGGGAUUGUGUGGUUAUGAUCGCGAAGGAAGUCCUGUCUGGUACGAUAUCAUCGGCCCUCUCGAUCCAAAGGGCCUUUUGCUGUCAGCUAGCAAACAAGACUGCCUGAGGACCAAGGUCAGAGACGCUGAACGUCUACGACAAGAGUGUGAGAAGCAGUCUGAAAAGCUUGGCAAAUACAUUGAAGCAGUCACCAUCAUUUAUGACUGUGAGGGGCUUGGCAUGAAACAUCUUUGGAAGCCUGCCGUUGAGAUGUACGGUGAGAUUCUGACUAUGUUUGAAGAGAACUAUCCAGAGUGCCUAAAAAAGGUGCUUUUAAUCAAAGCUCCUAAACUCUUCCCUAUUGCAUAUAACUUGAUCAAACACUUCUUGCGCGAGGAAACAAGACAGAAGAUUGCUGUGCUGGGUUCCAACUGGAAAGAGGUGUUGAGGAACUAUGUGGAUGCAGAUCAGUUACCUGCGGUUUAUGGGGGAUCCUUGACUGAUCCUGAUGGAAACCCUCUCUGUAAGACCAUGUUACGCUAUGGUGGCGUAGUGCCGAAGUCGUACUACGUGCGGGAGUCUAUCAAAGUGAAGUAUGACCAAUGCAUCACAAUUGGCCGUGGGUCCUCAUACCAGCUAGAUUAUGAGGUGCUCUUUCCGAACUGCGUACUACGAUGGCAGUUUUCAAGUGAGGGGUCUGAUAUUGGUUUUGGACUUUUCCUGAAGGCAAAAGGGAAUGAAACAAAGAAAGUGGAAGCCAUGCAGGCAGUACUGCCUGUCGAACGUUACAAUUCUCACCUAGUUCCAGAAGAUGGAUCCUACACCUGUGAGGAACCAGGCAUCUAUGUGGUUCGGUUUGACAACACUUACAGUCUGCUUCAUUCAAAGAAGGUCAGCUUCAUCGUGGACGUGCUUCUACCUGAAGGACAAACAGGAAAACAGGCAUAAAAGUCGACUGGAAUCAGACUUCGCUUCAUAUAUCCAUUAUCAUUAGAUAAGAUCACUCAUGUCCUUACAUUACCGCUGAAACGCAUGGACUUUGAACACACUGUUUAAACAAGGGAAAUCAGAAGUACUAGUUUAAUCUUUUUAAUUUCAAAGUUUCUAGAUUAUGCUCUCUUUAAGAUAAUUAUUAUAGAUAAUUAUGAAAAGCAACUAUGCAAGCAGUUCCUAAAGGAUGUUGUAUGAACCGUUUCCAGUACUUGUGUAUGACAAAUGGAAGCAGUGUAGACUGAUGAGGACUGUGAAGUAUAAAAUAUAUGGUCAGUAGAUACUUUCCUUAAUGUAAAAUAAUUGUGAAUAUUGAGAAUAUCUCUCAAUGAAUAUGACAUUGAAUCACAGCAAUUAUAAUCAUGUUAACACAUUUAAUGGAUAAAUCCUGUUGUAGUAGCAUGAUUAUAGUAAUCCUUGUAAUAUGUGACCCUGGACAACAAAACCAGUCUUAAGCAGCUUGGGUAUAUUUGUUGCAAUGGCCAAAAACACAUUGUAUGGGUCAAAAUGAUAGAUUUUUCUUUUAUGCCAAAAAUCAUUAGGAUAUUAAGAUCAUGUUCCAUUAAGAUAUUAUGUAAAUUUCCUACCAUAAAUAUAUCAAAACUUAAUUUUUAAUUAGUAAUAUGCAUUGCUAAGAACAUUUAGACAACGUUAUAGGUGAUUUUCCCUUGGUGAUUUUCAACUUUAUCGGUGAUUUUGAUUUUUUGCACCCUCAGAUUCCAGAUUUUCACAUAGUUGUGUCUCGGCCAAAUAUUGUCCUGUCCUAAUAAACCAUAAAUCAAUGAAAAGCUUAUCUAUUCAGCUUUCAGGUGAUAAAUAGGAUAAAUUUAAUUAACCUUAAGACUGUUUUUAUGGUCCAGGUUCACAUAUUUACUUAUUACAGCCACUUCUAUUAUCUUUAAGAAUGCUUUAAAUGUGCACAUAAUUAUGCAAUAAUGUGAGAAUAAAAUGCAUUUAAGAAAACACA